AAAACCCUUCGAGCUUCGGGCACUCAAUCUGGCUUUUCCGGGAAAUUCUCUCUCCCGACUCCGGCCAGAAAUUUCGGAAACUGGCCGUGUCGUUGGCCGGAAAAUUUGGAGGAGCACUUAAUCUUCUCAAAUUUGUUACCGGAAGUUCCACCAUGGAAGCUCCGGUCAGGGCAUUCCGCCCCUAUGUUCUCAAUCGCCGCCUCUUCUCCAACACACUUCCUCCUUCGCGCCUCCUUUCAUCUUCCGAAUCCAAUCGGAGCGCAAUUUUCCGGCAAUCUUCAACCUAUUUCCCUCCCACUCCUCAAAACGGAUCGGUUUCCAAAAUCUCGCUCUCAAUCAAUCUUUCUCACGGCUGCUCCUCGCCCUUUGGAUCUUCUUCCUCUUCUCUCGGCUCCAGCCCUUCUGAUUUUCUCUCUUCUCUUCCCUCAUUACAAUCUCUAGGCUCUCAAUUCGCGCCUAAUCAUUUCAAUUCGUCUCUAUCCGACCCAAACGGCAGCGCCUGGACAUGGAAUCGAGCUUCGGAGAGUGCAAUCGGUGGAAACGUGGGGGUUUUGGGGGGCGAAAAGCGAGCGGCAACCGUCGUGUUGCUAGGUUGGCUCGGGGCGAAGACUAAGCAUCUGAGGAGGUACGUGGAGUGGUACAAUGCUAGGGGUAUCAACGCCCUGACGUUUGUGGUUGAUCCGAGAGAGUUUCUUUGGUUCGCGUUGAGUCGGAGAGUUGAGCAGCGGAUUUCGGAUUUGGCGGAGGAGCUCAUUUCUUGGUUAUCGGACGGGAAGGAGAGUGAUAAAGAUCGGUGCCUGAUUUUCCACACUUUUAGCAACACGGGAUGGUUUGUAUAUGGAUCCAUUCUUGAAAUUUUGCUGGGGCGGAAGGAUUUGUUAGAGAAGAUCAAAGGGUGCAUUGUUGAUUCUGGAGGAGGUGAGCCAUUGAAUCCUCAGGUUUGGGCAGCUGGAUUUUCUGCAGCCAUUCUCAAGAAAAAUAGUUCGUCUGCAUCUACUAUGGUUAAUGGAGAGGAAAUUAAGGAAGCACAAAAAGAAGUGAGUGAGCCCAAAACUAUAGACAAGAAACCUCUUGUAUUGGAAACCUUUACUCUAUCAACACUGGAGAAGUUUUUCUCAGUCGCUCUGAAGUUGCCAUAUGUCGACGAGAGAUUGAAGAAGCUUGUUUCAGUUCUUACAGAGAACCAGCCCUUGUAUCCUGAGCUUUAUCUGUACAGCGCAGGGGACAAAGUUGUGCCAUUCGAGUCGAUCGAGCUACUUAUCGAGAAGAGGAAGAAGACAGGAAGGAAGGUUUUGUCAUACAACUUCGGUUCUUCGCCACAUGUUGACCAUUACAGAGCAUACCCUGAUAUAUACUCAUCGCAGCUUCACAAGUUCUUGAACGAGUCUUUUUCUGCAUAGUUGCUGUGGAUUUUCCAUAAAUCCAGAUGAGGGAGUGUUUGGAUGAAGAUCCGGAAGGAGUGAGAUCACUUCAUUAGGGAAAUAAUUAACUUUUCUUGUUUUUUUUUUUUUUUAGGUUCAACGUCAGGGUUCAAAUAAAUGGAUCAGCUAAAGCUCCAUAACAGGAAGCUCCAUAAUAGGGGUGAGAAGAGACGCCCAAUUUCAGAGGUUAUUUUUCAAACAACAAUACUUGGUUUAGAAAUACUGAUAUAUCACUGAAAAAAUUCGACAGUUUA